CCGCUUACGUAGCAGCCACUUUUACUGCGGCAGUGGAUUAGGCAUUAUAGAGUCUAUUGUUCAAGCCGAAGAGCUCUUGUGUUUUUUCUCUCUCUCUUAAGUUGUCCUUGUCCUUCAAAUAUGUGAGGACUGAAGUUUUUCCACAUCACUGAAAUGAUCGUAUUUUCACAAUGAUGUCCAGGACUGAAUCUAAACAUGACAGGCCAUGGUCAAAGGAGACACCCAGGCCUUCCCUUCGCCAAGCACAGCACAAGUUCAGCAGAAUGAUGAAUGAUGACAGUCAAGACAUGUUUAGAAAUGUCAACCGAAAACCGGGGCUGCAGAUAUGGACCAUCAAUAACAUGCAGAUGGUGCCUGUUCCAGCCAAAGGCUUUGGCAACUUCUUUGAGGGAGAUUGUUACAUUGUCCUUUAUAUAAGUAAGAACAGGGGCUUCAGCCAGUCAGCAGACAUCCACUACUGGAUAGGAAACACCUCCUCUCAGGACGAGCAAGGUGCAGCAGCCAUCUACGUCACCCGGCUGGAUGAGUACCUGGGUGGGAGUCCAGUCCAGCAUAGGGAGAUACAGGGUUAUGAGUCACCACGGUUCAGGAGCUACUUCAAAAAUGGCCUCGUCUACAAGAAGGGCGGAGUGGCCUCAGGUUUUCACCAUGUUGACACGAACUUCUACAACGUCCUGCGACUGCUGCACGUCAAAGGGAGGAAAAACGUCACAGCGACUGAGGUGGAGGUGUCAUGGAACAGCUUUAACAAAGGUGAUAUAUUCCUGUUGGAUAUGGGGAAAGCCAUAGUGCAGUGGAAUGGCCCCCAGAGCAACAGGAGAGAGAAGCUCAAGGCUGUCUUGUUGGCUCAGGACAUCCGGGACAGGGAGAGAGGAGGUCGAGCUCAGAUCGGCGUUGUGGAGGGAGGAGAUGAGCAGGACUCCCCGGACCUGAUGAAAGCCAUGACGGCGGUGCUGGGCCAGAGAAGUGGGCAGCUGAGGGAGGCCACUCCCGAUGACAAACCUGACCAGAUGCAGACCGGCCACGUCAGACUCUACCACGUGUUUGAAAACAGCGGGAAUCUGGUGGUUCAAGAAGUUGCCACGCAGCCUCUAACGCAAGAUCUGCUGCGCUCCUCUGACUGUUACAUUUUGGACCAGAGAGGCUCCUGUGUGAUGGUGUGGAAAGGCAAACAGGCCUCCAAGGAAGAGCGACAAGAAGCUCUCAACAGGGCAGUGGGCUUUAUCAAAGCCAAGAACUACCCAGCCAACACCACUGUGGAGGUGAUGACUGAGGGAGGAGAGUCAGCCAUGUUCAAGCACAUGUUCAAAUCCUGGAGAGAUAAAGAGCAAACUCAGGGGCUUGGUACCACCUACAGCAUGGGAAAGAUUGCAAAAGUAGAGCAAGUGAAGUUUGAUGUGAAGCUGCUGCACGCACGUCCUGAACUGGCAGCACAGCACCGCAUGGUGGAUGACGCCUCUGGAGAUGUUAAAGUGUGGCGUAUUGAGAACUCAGAGCUGGCUGAAGUAAAGCCAAGGACUUACGGCCAGUUUUAUGGAGGAGACUGCUACUUGGUGCUGUACACAUAUCAAAAAUCAGGCCAGCAGCUUCACAUUCUCUACAUGUGGCAGGGCCGUCACGCCACUCAAGAUGAGAUAGCAGCUUGCGCCUACCAGGCUGUCAACAUAGAUAAUAAGUACAAUGGGGCCCCUGUCCAGGUCAGAGUGGUCAUGGGAAAGGAGCCUCGCCACUUCCUGGCUAUUUUCAAAGGCAAACUCAUCAUCUUCGAGGGCGGUACAGGCCGACCCGGUGUGGUCAACCCUGACGAAGGUGCAAGGUUCUUCCAGGUGAGAGGGACUGAUGAGCUGAACACCAAGGCCACUGAAGUGCCGGCGAGGGCCGCAUCUCUGAAUAGCAACGAUGUUUUCCUGCUGAAGACAGACAAAAUGUGCUACCUCUGGUAUGGAAAGGGCUGCAGCGGAGAUGAGAGGGUGAUGGGGAGAGCGAUGUCUGAUGUGCUGUCCAAGCAGGACAAGCAGGUGGUGAUGGAGGGCCAGGAGCCAGCUGAAUUCUGGGUAGCUCUGGGAGGAAAGGCUCCCUAUGCCAGUGACAAGAGACUGCAGAGGGAGGAGCCUCCUCACAGCCCGCGGCUGUUUGAGUGCUCCAACCAGGUUGGUCGAUUCAUGAUAACUGAGGUGGACGACUUUGCCCAGAGCGACCUGGACGAGGAGGAUGUCAUGAUGCUGGACACUUGGGAGGAGAUUUUCCUGUGGGUUGGAAAGUUCGCCUACAAGUACGAGACCAAGGAGGCGUGGAACUCUGCACAGGAAUACCUGAGGACCCAUCCAGCAGGCCGUGACAUCGACACACCCGUCAUCUUUGUCAGACAGGGCUAUGAACCGCCCACCUUCACUGGUUGGUUCAACGCGUGGGAUCCUCAUAAGUGGAGCGGAGGCAACUCCUAUGAGGAUAUGAAAAAGAGGCUGAGUGACGCAGCAGAUCUCUCACAGAUCACUGUAGAUCUGAGCAACUCUAACCUCUAUAGGAGUCCUGCUGGGGUUACUACAGAUGGUUAUGGGGCUCCAGGAGGCCCCACAAGCUCUCCUCCAGCCUACAGGGUCCACGGAGUUGAACUAUCCCCCAGAUCCUUGACACCCACCAGCCCGUCUACCCAGCGUGUGAGCUUGUCCCCGUCCUCUGGCUUCCGUCCAUGGCAUCAAGGUGGCAGCUCCCCCUCUACUGGAGGCUCUGGGAUGUAUCUGGAUCCCGAGCUCCUGGUAAACAAGUCUACCGAUGAGCUGCCACAGGGAGUGGACCCCUGCCAGAAAGAGGACUACUUGUCUGAUGUCGAUUUUGAGAACCUGCUCGGCACAAGUCGCCCAGACUUCCAGCGCCUGCCAAAAUGGAGGCAAAACGACUUGAAGAAAAAAGCAGGACUCUUCUGAGAAUCGGUUGCUGUUGGAUUACGCAGAAAUGCUGUCAAGCCUGUCUCAAAUGUCAAGAAACUAAAAAACAAAUCAAGGCAGCAUUUUAUCUGACUAGAGGCCUUGAUCGCUUCAUAUUUGUUUUUCUUACUUUCUGACAAUUUUUAGCCAUCAACAAAGUUAGAAUAAUUAAAUAUGAUGACUAGAAUUAGCUUUACAUGACUGUAAUAAUAAAAAAAAAUCUAAUUUCAAGGACAUUGCUUUCACUUUUUAAGAUUAUUUUCAUUUGUUAUGCUUUUUAUUUAUCUGUAUUUUUCAAUGUUUUAUGCUGAUGAUGGAAUUUCCUUAUUGUCAUUUGCCAUGGCUGAAUCACUUAUAUAAAUAAACAUGCAAAACCUCCAGUCAUAGGGAAUCCACUGGUUUUAUUUGAGAGCUAGUGCAAAUA